AUGGAUCUUUCAACAUCAGCAACCAUAACGACCAGUCCCGACCUCGUGACCGCGAAAUGUCGGACCAAGAGUUCGUUAAGUGACGACGAAGACAUGUCACGUGACAGUGGCUAUGGGUCUCCAGACAUGUCUGUAGGGGUCUUCUCCCUGGAGACACCCGAGACCAGGGCACCAAAGAGGAGUUUUGACAUCACUCAAGCCAGGAGGUCGCUGUUUUCUUUAAAAAGAUCACGCACCGAUUCUGUUGACGACAGCGACGACGACGACGGACCACGAUGUGAAAAACGCCAACGACCCUUCAUCGAUGACGUUGACGAGGGCGAUGAUGAGGUAUUCCUGGCGGACGUUACGUCAGAUGUCGUGAAAAAGGCCGUUGACAAGAUGGAGAUCGACAGAAGUCUUGUCGGGGACGGAUCACAGGUAAUGACACACUGUCUCCCGACAAUGGAAGGGAAACAUAAAGACCUCAAGUCAGUGUCUCCAAUAACCGUCAGUCAGCUUCUAGCUGGGAAAUACAAUGACGUCAUUUCCGGCUACCAGAUCAUUGACUGUCGGUAUCCGUAUGAAUACGAAGGCGGACAUAUUGAGGGGGCACUUAACCUCUUUAACGAGGCCCUUGUCACGGAAUUAGUCACAAACGAGCAAGGGAGGCAGUCAACCGAAAGAAGCAUCCUCAUUUUCCAUUGUGAAUUCUCCUCUGAGAGGGGGCCUAAAUUACUACGCCAUCUACGAAGCUUAGACCGGAAGGUGAACAGUGACCGCUACCCUUUCCUCUUCUACCCGGAAGUGUACCUGCUAGAUGGCGGUUACAAGGCCUUCUUUUCAAAACACCAGGACCAGUGUGAGCCUCAGACGUACCUUCCCAUGCUGCACCACGAUUUUAGCUCUGCAUUACGUCACUUCCGCUCUACCAAGUCCCACGCAGUGCGAGAAAGAAAGAGAGCAUUUCAAAGAAGACAGGUUUUGGAAAUGUCACCCUCUGCUUUCACGCUGUGA